AUGCUCCGUACUGCGGGGGAUUCCAUUGAGAGUUUUCUCUCUCGCUAUAGACUCCGCUUGUUAGUGGAUGAAUGGCUGGAAGUCGUUGCCCGCACAGAGCCAGAAGACCCGUUUGCAUAUCUUGUGGAUCUCAUAAAGGACUACACCCGUGAUGGUGGGGGUCUAGUGACGUGCGAGAACAAAUGGUGUGAAAUGGUAGUGCCCGUAUCGGAGUAUGCGGAACAUUUAAAGAGUUGCUCGGAAGAGGGGAAAUGGAUGAAAUGCGCACGGUGUAAUGUCCGAGUAGAGGCCUCUCAUAUGCAAGAGCACAGACGACAUUGUAGACUUCAAUGUUGUGCGUAUUGUGGAGAAAUGGUUGUACCAAGACUUAUGGGUUUGUGUCCAUACAAGUUAAGAAUGGAUGUUGAACGGGCUCGUAGAAGACGCAAAGAUGCUAGUAUUGCUCAGGGUAAUAAUGCCGGUACAGGAGGAGAAACUCGUCCUCCCUUAUUAUUUCAUUCACCUCUUAAAUCUAAACCAGGAACAGCAGAAGAAACUUCAAUUUCAUUAGGAGCCCCACUUUAUUCACGUGUACCUAUGAGAUUUCCAAGUGCUUUAAGGAAUCGUUUAAUUUGUUUCCAGCAACUUUGGCGUAAAGCCUCUGUAAAGGAGCGAUUACAGGACUUAACUUUUAAAUAUGUAUGGGAGGCUUUGGAAUUAUACCGUGAAAGACAAGCCACUCGAGAUAAUAUCUCUGGAAGUGGUGGAAAAAAGAAGGAAAUACCUUUAAGAGAUUUUUCUCGUGUAGCCGCAGCCACUGCAGGUUCUAUCUCUAUGGCACAGUUUGAAGCCGUAGCCGAGACUACAACAUCAGAACAAUUGGUUGAUUUCGCUACAGCAGUUCGUAUUGUAACAAAUGCUAUUAUUAUUCUCGCCUCACGUUCACUUGUUCAACGUGUAACUAUUCCAGAAGGAGGAGAUGUUGUGGUAAUUGGAGAUUUGCAUGGUCAAAUGAAAGAUUUACGUGAAAUUCGUGCACUUGUAGGAGCUCUCCCAAAUCGUCAAAGGUAUUUUGUAUUUAAUGGAGAUUUUGUAGAUCGAGGAGCAAAUGGUAUGGAAGUCAUUUUAUAUAUAUUUUCACUCCUUUGUGCAUUUCCAGAAUUUGUAUUUAUUAACCGAGGUAAUCAUGAAGAUGCUCAUGUUAACACGGAAUACGGAUUUGAAACAGAAGUCUACAGCAAAUAUGGUUUGGAAGAUGCAAAACAUUUAUUGGAAUUACUCGUUACCAGCUAUGAAGCUAUGCCAUUAAUGACCGUCUUGGAUGGAGCUGUUCUCAUUCUUCACGGUGGUGUACCACGAUCCCCAAUAACACUAGAUCGCAUUGAGGGAAUGUCUCGCAUUCGCAAUAUACCUGUCUCAGCACAAGCAACAGAAGAAGAACAAAUUACUGUGGAUAUAUUAUGGAAUGAUCCAGUGGAAAAAUUUCGUUCACGCCAAUUAGGGCUUCGACAUCAAGGAGAAAAUUGGCGUACCAGUAAACGUGGAUGUGGAGUAGAAUACCUCGCACCUGUUACAGAGAGUUUUCUACGACUCAAUAAUCUUAAACUGGUGGUACGAUCACAUGAAAUGGUACAUGCUGGAUAUGAACUUAUCCAUAAUGGUAGAUGUUGUACAGUGUUUAGUGCUUCUAAUUACGCUGGUGUUUCAGGUAACCGCGCGGCAUUGGCAUUAUUUCAAAAAGGUUCACUCAAUCCAGUUUUUCACACUUGGUACGUACGUGAUGAAGAGGGAGCUGAAGGGGUAUCUAUGGGAAAGAAACUUCUGAUAGAUCUUGAAGCCCCUGGAUUGUUAAAUGGUGGAAAUGAUGAUGAUGAUGAUGAUGAUGAGGAUAAUAGUGACGAUGAUAAUGAUUCUUCUGAUGCUAAUGAUGAUAAACCUGAUGAUACCACUUCUGUAAAUGGAAAAAAUGUCAAUAAAACAGAUGAAAUAUUAUCAUCUGAAGAAAAGAAUGACUCCAAGGUGGAUGAUAAAUUGAAAAACAAAAACCGUAAUGGUAGAGGUAGUCUUUCUUCUUUAGAUCUUGAUAUACCAGUGGAAGGACAAUUAUUAUACCGUUUGAAUGUACUUAGGACUUUGGGAGAAAUUGUAUACAGAAAACGUUAUGCCUUACUUUCUGCCUUUGUGUCUGCGGAUUAUAAAGAAAGUGGUAUUAUCUUAAAGAUUGAGUGGUGUGAUGUUAUGCGAAAUGUAUUGGAGAUGGAUUUACCAUGGUAUUAUCUCUGUCAAUUUCUUGCUGAACAACAAGAGGUGGAUGGUGUAUUUUGUGUGCGAUAUGUACAUUUUUUGAAAAAUUUUGGUGCCCGUUUUUCAACCCAAUAUCUACGACCAUUUCAAGUGGCAGUUGUAUGCCGUGUUUUUAAAGGUAUGGAUAUGCCAGAUGAUUUACUUUCUCGAAUGCAAGAUAUGCAUAUCUCUACUACGUCAUCUAUUUCCCCUGCUGCAUCUCCAUCCCAUGCAGGGGAAGAGGGGGAUUUAUUAUAUUCAACAAGUACAGAAACGCAUACUUUACUUAAACGGAAAGGUAAUUUCCCUACAAAAGAAGAAGGGUUGACACCUUCACUAGGUUCACGGCAUGUGGAUGCUGAACAGAGAGAGGUACAGGAUGAUGAUGAUGAUGAUGAUGAUGAUGAUGAUGAUGAUGAUGAUGAAGAUAUUGGAAGAAGAAAGCUAGUGAAGAUGCAAAAAGGAGUCCAAGAGAGUUUUGACUCACAUGACAAAUGGAGAGAUUUGAAAUUAAGUUUUAACCUCUUUGUUUCUACUUUACGUUCGCAAUCUUCUGUGGCGGCAUCUUUUGAAGAUAACGUUAUGUAUGCAAUGUUUUUAUAUUUUGACGUGAAUGAAUGUGGACAUGUAUUUCUUGGUGACCUUAAUGAUAUUGUAGAGACCAUACUUGAAAAAGAAGAAGAAGGUUCAGUUCAACUCUUAGGCUCUGGUGCCUCCUUUAACGUGGAGUUUGAUUUUGGUACAGAAUAUUCGCCUAAUACAACAGAAAAACAAAUAACAGAUAAAGAUACUGAUGCUACUACUAAUGUUUCGAAGGAGAAGAAAUCUAAGUCAGUUAAUGGUGAAGAAAUUCUUUCUUCUCUUGUAAUAUCAUGUAAUGAGUCUAACACCGGUAGACGAAAAUCAACGCGAGAAGAAAUAAUAAGACGUGCCUCUUCUUUAGAUUCACAUGACUCCAAUGAGGAUAGUAUGUCUGAAGCACUUUGGUUAUAUCCUGCACUUUUACGCUUACAUGAAUACCUUGAUUAUGGCUCAUUGUGGUCACUACCACAUAUCUUUAAGUGUCUUAAUCGCACUGGUGAUGGUAAGCUUACAUUUGAGCAGUUAAACAUUGUUCUUCAGCUAGUUGGACGACAUAUGCCUCAACCUUUUACCCCUGAACAGUGUCGGUCUAUAUUCCGUGCCAUACGUGAUGUUGGAGAACAUCUCUAUCGCAACCGUCAUAAUGACUCUUUAGCAGAUACUCGCAGCUUGUAUUCCACUGAAGGAUCAGCGCCGACGUUGCUUUCUGAGUCCCUGUCGCCCAAGUCAGACGCAGAUGGAACUGUGGUGGACCCUAACGCGUACAUCACACCGGAGGAGUUUGUGGCGUUUUUUGCCGUCUCCGUUGUGGUCCCCCGCCGUCGUGGGUCGUACAGCACGACAACGGACGGGAGCCGAACGAUGGGGCCGGACGAGGAACUGCCCAGUCGACGACGCUCGGGAUUGCCAUCGUCUGUUGGAAGUGUGGGAACGGGCAUUAUUGGCGGAAGUGUGGGGAGUGUGGGAAGUGUGGGGAUGGGGAUCGGGAUGGGGGGCGGGGCCCUGCGGGGGUGGACGGUGGGAGCCCUCGCGGCCCGCUUUGACCCCGCGCUGCCCCUCCCCCAAGCGCUGCAGGGCCUCUUGGGCCUCACGCCGCCGUCGACACCCCCGCCCGCCGGGGGGUUCGCCAUCGCCACCGCCUCGCUCUCGUCCAUCUUCUCCCCCGGUGGGAGCGUCUGGCGGGGAGUGGGCGAACAGACAGCCACCAACGCCACUGCCGCUGAAGGAUCCAAGGGAAAAGAGGGUUCGUCCAUCUCCACUAAAAGCGCGAGUACCACCAACACCAAGAUUGCCACUAAUACUACUACGAAUACUACCACAACGACAACGACGAGAAUGGCACCGGCACCGGCACCGGCACCAAUGGGAUCCCCUCAACUUGGGGUGCAAGUGCCAGUAGGGCGAAAAUUAAAUGCAGGGAAAAAACUACCAGAGAAGGGGGCUACCACCAACACUAACACUAACACCAACACCACUACUUCAAGAUCACCUUCAGAAGAAUCAACAGUAUCUACUGGGCUUGCACGAACGAAGACUCGUGCAUUUAGCAAUAAGAAUGCAACUAGUAGCAAUACUCGAGCUAAUACUAACACCAAUACCAAGAGUACAACUAAAUCUAAGACAACAGCCAAGAACAAUCCCAAUGGUUCACGGAGCGCUAGUGGUAGUACUUCAACAAACCCUAAUAACUCUAUUACUUCAACAAGUGCAAAUACGAAUGCUUCGAGUAUGUCCAAGUAUAGAACUAAUUCUCAUUCCAAUACUAACUCUAGUACUUUAACUGGUGGUAAUAGUAGCACUUCAAAUUCAGCUAGUGCCCGUUUCUCAAUAAAUGCUAAUGCAAGCACUUCAACAAAUCCUAAAUCUGCACCAAAUGCCAAUGCUAAUGCCAACGUCAGUAGACCAUCGAACGACAAUGUGAGCCCUGCGCUUGAUGCCAACUCUUCAGCAGCAGUUGAUAGUUCAUCAACAAUUAUUAAUGCUAACAGUGCCACUACAACUGGAAAUGGUGGUGGUAUUGACCCUCUACCGAGUACAACAACAAAUGUCUUGUGGAAGGUGCGUGGGGCUUUUGAUCGAACAACAUUAUCUUCUCGUGGUGAGUACACACAGUCAACAAGAGGUAGUAAAGAAAACUCUAAUACAGUUGAUGUCUUUGCAUCCUCAUUACCACAGAGUCACGCUGAUGGAGUACCCAUUCCUCAUCCCCCAAUUGGAGUGUGUUCACCAACAAAACCUGACCGCCUCAGAGGUUAUGCUUCUCCACCUACUACUACUACUACCAUCACUACCACCACAACAGCAACAACUGCUACUACUACUAGUACUAGUACUAAUCAACAAGAAGAAAAGCCUCAGCAAGAACUCCCACCUGUGCGCGGGCCCCUGACGAGAGGCGCAAAUCUAUCACAGCAAUACCAACACUAUCAUCAUCUCACCCACAGCAACGGCAGCAGUCCCAAGUAA